UUUUCUCAUUGGUGUUACCAUACGUCAUUAUUUCAGACUCUCGCAAAGAUGGCAGUUGGCGAGGAGGAAGAAGUUCAAGACCCGGAAGGUCACGAGGAAGAGGUCAAGGUAGAGGUCCAUCCCCGAAUCCACCUUUUUCGCAAGGCAGGGGUCCUGAGAAAUCACCGUACGUGGAGGGUCCCGGAAGGACUGGUAGAGGUCAAAGAGGACGGGGAUCUGAUAACAGACCUGGAUGGCGCCGAGGGAGAGGGGCAACUAACAACAGAUCAGACCAUGGAUAUAUCCUGAAGAACGUCUUGUACGAGCGGAACAAGUUGUAUGUUUUGGGUUUAAGAAGCAAAACAACUAAAGAUUGUGUGCUGAAUUUCAUUGCGAGGAUUAGUGGCUGUGAUGUCAAGCGCGUGUUGAUGUUUAAAUCUGGAAGGGCCAUUGUAACGUUGGACACAGACAAGAUCACAAACUCAGAUUUUGCCAUGAUAUGCGAGGAGGCUGCAAAGCCAAAAAACCAACUUGAGAAAGUAAACGUACUGAUUGAAAGAGCACCAGUCUGCAAGAGCAUUUUUGUUCGCGGAAUCCCUGAGAAUACCCCACAAGAAGAGUUUGAAAACUACUUUGACAAAUUUGGUGUGGUGGAGAAAUUUAUCACCAACGAGGAAGAAGUGAAAGCUCGGAGAGUGAAUGAAAAAAGAGCCAUUGUGUACUUCAAAACUGAUAAAAGCGUGAAGAAAGUUGUUGAGAAAGAUCAUUUCCUAAAUGAGACGCCAUUGCAUGUGGAGAGAUAUUACCCUUUCAUGGGAACCGUAGAAGACGUUAACUCCAAAUUGCCGCAUCAUACCACUGCGAUUCCAGUAUUUGAACAACCCUACUUCCGCAUGGUUGUAGACGUUGAUAUCGUCGAGUUUGUCAUGGGCAAGUGCAAUCAAGGGCUGGAAUUGAAAGACCGACUCUUUGGCAAACGUGCUCAAAUUAAUUGGACCAACAAAGAUGGAUAUGUACUCGUGAAGUACAAUCAAAAACCAAAUGACGAAUUUGACGAAGAUGUUUGGGAGAAUCGCUGUCGCGAAAUCAUAACUGGCGUUCUGGAUCGCUUCACCAUGAAAGAUAUUCCAGUCGAAAAGGAAAUCUGGGAAGAGGUCAUUAAUCAGCUACCCUGUUUUGAAAUAAUGUUUCCCAAUUUUUCUGCAGAGGUGAAGAAAAUUGAAGAUCUAAAGGAGCUGAGAUUAGUCUGCCUCAAAAAGGAUUUGCCAGCGUUUGAAGAGAAACUGUUAAAUCGACUGAAAGAAAUCAAACAGACUGAGCUAGAGAAAACUCUUGAACAAAAAACAUUAACCAAUAGACCGAACGAAAUACUUCGACUUCUGCAGAUUGUAGACAUCCAGGAAAUUUUAAAGAGCGACGUUCAUCAAGAUGUGCAAGCUACGAUAGACUUAAGCAAAAGAAGCAUUUUUCUGAAGACACCUCAAGGCCAGAUGUCUUCUGUUGUGACCUACCUUGCCGAACGUGUUCAAGAGAUAGAGAAGAAUUCGCUGUCAGGGCCGCCGGUGGAACUCAUAGAAAUCUUGAAAACUAAGGUUGGAAAACGUAAGUUGAAUGCUGAGCUCAAAGAAUCCAAUGUGAGAUGUGGCUUCAAUGUUGAUGAGAAAAACAAGAGAAUUCUCUUCUUGGGAAGAACUCCUUCUGACACCGAAAAAGGCCGCAAACUAGCUGAAACGGUACUGGUCACUGUCCAACUUCCUGUGAAAGACAGGGAUAAUGACUUAUUGCAAUCAGAUGAGUGGAAACAACUUUGUCGUGAUUUUGAGAAGCGUUUGAAGAUACGCUGUCAAAGAAGGUUGAUGGAAUUCCAUGUUAUUGGACUUAAAAAAGAUGUUGACGAAGCUGCGAAGGAAAUGAGGAGAUUUCUAAACGAGAAGAAAGCCAAGGAAGGAGAAUUCAGAUUGGACUCGCCAAUCAGUCAAAGAUUUUUUCGCGAGUUUUACACUGAGGAAAUUAAGAAUCUCGAAGAGAGCCUUUCCACCUAUGAAGUUAAGAUCGCACAUGAUGAAAAUGGAGAUUUACUCUUCACUGGGGCAGAUGAAGGAGUGAAGAAGGUCUCAGAGAAGUUGAAUGCCUUACAAGACGACAUAAAAGAAAAAACUGUAAACGUUACUUUGCCAGGAAUGCGGAGUUUUCUGGCAAAAGACGAAGGUAAAUUGAUUGGAGCUGUGGAGAAGGAACACAGGUGUGUUAUUGAAAUAGAGGAGACCACUGGCGAAGGACUGGAUCAUGAAGAUGACAGCGAUGACGUAGCCAGCCUUAGCAGCGACGAGGAGGACGAUGAAGAUGAUUGCACCAUGACCACCCCAGAGGGUAAGAAGAUCAUCUGGAAGCUUGGCAAUAUACAGGAAGAAGAGGCUGACAGUUUGGUGUGUUCAGUGGGGUCAAACUUGAAUCUGGCCAUCGGUGCGAUAGCACGAGCCAUGAGCCAGGCAGCUGGUCCAGCGUUACAAGACGCACUUAAAAACGCUGCAAAGAAUCACUUGAACCAGGGAGAAGUGGUCCAUACAGAAGUUGUCUCCGGGAAAUUGCCUUGUAAAAAUGUGGUGUUUUGUGUGUGCUGCCCGUGGAAUGAUGGAAAAGGAGACGCUAAACAGAUUCUUCAGACGUUACUAUGGAAAUGUUUUGACAAAGCAUCCCAACUAGGGUCAUGUUCUAUUGCUCUACCCCUCAUUGGUACGGGUAAUCUCAACUUUCCUCAUGAUGUCGCAGUGCAUUUGAUGGUAGAGGAAGCCCUAAGCUAUAGCAAACAGCGUCCCGAUUCAUCCCUAGAAGAGUUCAGAUUCAUUGUACAUAGUGAAGAUCAAGAGGGAAUCUCUACUUUUCAAGAUAAAUUUGGACCUUUAAAGAGAGAACGACAACGUAGAUUGCUUGUCCCUACUAGGCCACGAACUGGACAGGCAAAUCGUAGAAGGCAGGUAACGUCAAUUUUGCCUGAACCAACCUGUACGAAAGUUCGAAUCGGUGAUCUUAAAGUGGAGGUCGUAAAAGGAGACAUCACCAAAGAAUGUUCAGAUGGCAUCGUUAGUGUUGUUCACGAGGAUCUCAAAAUGCAAAAUGGAAACCUCAGUGCCUCAAUUGCUUGUGCAAGUGGUAGUGCAGUUCAAGACGAGUUGACAGCAAAGUUUCCUCAGCAGCCUGGGUCUGUUGUGACAACGUCUGCAGGGGAUCUGACGGCCAAAUACAUCAUUCACAUGGUUAUAAGAUCUGGAAACAAGAAACAUCUCCAGAAAUGUGUUCAUGCAGCCCUUAAAGAAGUUCACUCCAUGGGUUUGCAAUCCGUUUCUGUUCCAGCUAUUGGUAGUGGUGGGCUGGGAUUACGUCCUUACGAUUCAGCUGAAGUGGUAUUGGGGACAAUUCGUGCAUUUUCGGAGGCAGUGAAUUCCUCUGGCAUGGCUUGUGAGUUACGAGUUGUUGUUUUAGAGGAUACAGUGGUUGCUGCUUUCGAAAGCAAACUGAAACAGAUUAAAGGAGAACUUAAUCAAGCCUCUGGUUUUGCCGAAGAGGACGACGUCGAAGACGAGCCAGUUGGUGUUCAACUACCGCUCACGUGCUUUCAGCAUAGAGUGACUGUGUAUGGACAUCAAGAAGUUCUUGACGAAGCCAUAGCAGCACUGAGAAAUAGCGUAAGUAAAGAAUGUAGCUCCAUUGAAAUCAGAGAAGACGUGAUUUCUCGUCUACCAAAGCGCUGUAGAAGGGACCUGAGGCAAAAGGCACGCGAGCAAGACGUGGGCCUAGAUUUUUCCAAGGAGGGAGUAAUUUCAUUGAAAGGCUAUCCUUGUGAUGUGCUUGCAAUGCACCCUAAAGUAUCGAAAGUUCUUAACGAUCAAAUUAAGGAAGAACAUAAAAUGGACUGUGCAGAUAUGACGGCUGGAAAAGUUCAGUGGUGCUACUAUAGCGUGAAAGGAAAACAAGAACCAUUUGACAAGAUGGCCAAUUAUGACAUUGAAACAGCAUUUCAGUCUAAAAGUUCUUCUGUUUCCUUCACACAUAAGAAUAUGCAGGCAGAGAUAAAAUUUGAUUCUGAAGAAGUCAAGUUCUUGAAAACCGGGGCAAUAAAGUGUGUCUUUCGUAAAGAAGUAGUAGAACUUCCACAAGAAUGGGAUUUGCACCCUCUGGACGGCAAAGGAAGGAAAGAGAGGGUCCACUUAGUCCGCCUUGAUGUCGAUUCACCCGAGUACCAAGAUGUUCAAGACAGAUUCAUGGAAUCUCUCUCUGAUCGUGACGUGUCCAUCUCAAGUAUUCAGAGAGUCCAGAAUCCAUCAACGUACCGUUCUUAUGUGACGAAGAAACAGAGCAUGGACGAGAAAAAUGGAAUCCAUAAAAAUGAACGGAGACUAUUCCACGGGACAGGAUAUCAUAACACGAAAGACAUAAACGCUCAUGGAUUUAAUCGAAGCUUUUGUGGAAAAAAUGGUGUGGCUUAUGGAGAUGGCGUCUGUUUUGCGACCAAUUCCUCUUACUCUUUGGGGUUCUCGAAGCCACCAAAUGCUAAAGGAGAGUGCUGCAUGUAUCUUGCAAAAGUGCUUGUUGGUAAAUUUGCAUGUGGUAAAGCUGGGCUGAAGACACCACCACCAAUUGAUCCAGACAGGACUGAGGAUCUUUACGACUCAGUCGUGGAUUCAGUAGACGUUCCAACUCUGUUUGUUGUAUUCCACGACGACCAGUGCUACCCUGAAUACUUAAUUACUUUUAGAAAAGUCGAAAAGGCGGCUAGCUAAGCUUGAGGAAAAAUUACAGUUUUUGACAUCGAAUCAGCACGUGAUUGUUAUCAAACUUGUUGCUUUGAAAUGUGAAUAAUUUAUUUUGCAAGCAGUCUGAUGUAGAACAUUCCGGGAGAGUUGCAUUUAGGCAUAAAAUUACACUAUAGUAGAAAUCGAAACCUCUUGACGUCGCUUCUUCUCGUCUGUCUUAAGCUUAGCAAAAACGAUUAUUUCUCGCUCGGCUGACAUCAAACAAGCAAUGAUUAAGGUACAAUUUAGUAGGUUGUGGGGACAUUCUUUUAUCAUGUUUCGCAAGAUGGAACUUAUUAAUAAACAAAAAAUUUUACACUGUCUCAAAAAGGAGCUAAAACCUACAUAUCUUUAUGUGCUGGUGUGGUUCUACAUAUGAUUUACUAUAGCUGUGUUCACAAUAAAGCCAAAACAUGAUUAGAGUAAACAUGUUUCGCCUAAACAUGUUUGUCAUUGUAUUGUUCACAUCAGAUGUCGGUUUCAAACACGUUUCAUGCAUGGUUGUAUAAUUUAUGCUGUUUGUACUCGCAUCGGUCGUUUAGUUUUGCGGCAAUGUUCUCCCAAAUAUUCUGGUUUCUGGCCAUCGCCGAUAAUUGCCGUUGUAUUUCUUCAUCGGCCCAUCAUUUGGCCUCGUAAUAGCCCCAAUCUUGGUUCUUUUGGGCAGUCGCCUCCUCCCCGCAUCCAUCCGCCAUUUUGAACGUGUUUGGUCUGAUCUUGAUUGAAACUACCUCGCGAGAUUGUUUCAAUCAUGCUCAGAAUAAUCAUGUUUCAACCAUGAUUCGCGCAAUAGACUGUCUGAUGUGAAACCUUUUCAUAACGAAACAUGUUUCAUUCGAGGUCAGACUAAUCAUGUUUCGGUCUAACAAAGAACUUAAGACAAGCCCCAAUAUAUUGAGGAAUAGUCCGACGUGACUUCCAUUUGCCGGUUUCAGAGACGUCAGAGUAACAUUUUAUUAUGGCGGAAGUAUUUGAUUUCUUCAUUAUUUUAUCGGUUUCGUUACUUUUUAAUGAUGCUAAUAAAUUCUUACAGAAACAAACUUGUCUUGAUUACAUCUGGGUACAGCAAUACUGAACCCUUUAGUCAAACUGAUUGUAACCAUGUAUCCGACAGUGACG